GUGAUGUCAACCUCUAGGAGGAGCUGGGCCGGGGCCCUGGAGGGCUCCGGCUAAUUAGCAUGUAGCUGAAGCCGGGGCCGCCUUUCCUCCGCUCCUGCGCUCGCCUCGCCUCGGCCCCUCGCUUGUCCUGCUGCUGUCUGGGAUAACUUUUGAAGCGGGAACGGUCCCUUGUUCCCCACUGCAGCUCUUCCCUCUUCCCCGGACCGCACCUCCCUCCCCCCUCGCUUCCCUGCAUCGUUCUCCCUUUCUUUCUCUCGCACACAUACACACACACCCGGACAUACACACACACACACACACACACACACACACACACACGGUCGCUCGCACACAUACACACACGCGAGUACACACGCCCCCGCCCCUGCCUCUGCCCCAGCCCCAGGCCGGUUCGGCUGGGCAUGUGAGGCUUGGGCUCCGGGAUCAUGGCCACGCCGUGCGCUCUGCUCUGGCCGCGGCUGCCUCCGCUCCUGCCGCUGCUACUGCUGCUGCUGCUUGGGGUCUCCCAGACUCGGGGCUCGCCGCCCUUGCUGGUGCCCACCGCCUCCCCCCGGGGCCAGCUAAGCGGAGCUCCCCUCCCGGCCACGGAGCUGGAACCAGAGCGGGAGCCGGAGCCGGAGCCAGGCCCCCCUCUCGGGCUUCCGCCGCCUCUGCUGCCUGUGUCCUGGGAGCAGGAGAACAGCACCCGGGCCCCAGCGUCCCCUGGCCCCCUCGACCCUCCUCCCCGCCGAGGGGCUGCGACGCAGCGGGGAACGCUCCGCCAAGCCCCCGGGGGCCGGAGCGCGACCACGGCUGCCAUGAAAAGUCACAAGCCAGAUAAAAGUUCUGAGCUUCGAAGAGAAAAUUUUACCACCUCUUCUCUCAAUUACAAAAACAUUUCAACUGUGGUUCUCAAAGAUCUUGAGAAGUUUCAGAAUUCCAGCAACAACAGGACCACACUGGAUGCCUCAGGAAGCACCACUCUUGCAUUGGAAACAUCAAAAUCCAGAGGGAGUACAACCUCAUACAGUAGGAUGAAUGCUACUCCAGCACUUGGACACUUCUCAGAGAUACCUUCUGCCCUGUCCUCUCUGAAAAACUCCUCAGCCUUGGAAAGCUUCCAUCAGGCAUCUAACAGUUCAGAGUCAGAAGGAAGGACUGCCACCUUUGUGACCAUCUCAGACUUCCUGACAAGGGUAAAAGAGAGGACAUUCAGGUCUCUAACACACACCACUCCUUCCAUGGAAGCCAGAGAAGGAACUAUUCCAUCUACAGAAAUAUCUACUCCUUCCAGUUUGAUGCAUACUUCAACUUCUGUAUUGGAGACUGAAGGACCAAAUAUCUUCUCCUCUGGGAGAAAUCACACAAAACUUCCACAGCCACAUUUCUCCAGGACAACAACUUACCCCACUCCCUCAACCAAGUCUCCGUCCCCCAAAAUUAGGACAGAAGCUAGGAACUCAAUUGCUUUAAAUGCUUUGGCCAGUCAAACAGACAGGACAAACAUUUCUACCACAUUCAUCCAAGAUGCCUCAAAGACUUCAGCUAAUAGAAGUUGGUUGGUAAAUGGACCAGAAGGCUCAACCAAGUAUUCCAGAAUGGCCAACUCUUCAGCAUCAACCCAUGCCUCAUCUUCCUUAGGGGAGGCCAGAAGAAAAAGUACAGUGACAAGGAAACCGAGUGAUGCAAAAUCCAUCGAGCCUUCAACAGAUGACACAUUUGAACAUCCUUCUUCCAGGACCUCUGCUCUGUCUUUACAAAAUGAUUCCUCAACCUUUAAAGGAGACCAUCAGUUGCCUAUUAGUGAUGCUGAUGCUGGGGAUGACAAUUCUAGGACUCAAACUGAGGCUGGACUCCAUUUAGAGACUUUCACCAGAGAUGGGAAGGACAUGUCCCAUUGGUUCACAGCCAACCAAAGAGCUUUGGUGGAUGUGAGGGAAAACUCUACUUCGUAUCCUGAAAUUGUGAACCCUUUAGUCCUGACCCAGCUCUCCACGCAGUGGACAGAAAGUCGCACGGAUCCAGAUGAUGCACAUCUCCUUGAGCCUUCCACAGGAUCUUUGUCAGCGUCUUCCUCAGAGACGCUGGAUUCUUCAUCACAGAGACAUCCUUUAUACACUGAAGGGAACCAUGAGCUGGGGAGAAGGUCAGAUUCAGAAGAAAGUACUUCCAGUUUUCUUCAUCCCAGUCCAGACACCUCAGCUACUUCAUCUAGGAAUGGAGAGAGGACAUUGCGAUCUCUUACCAAUAGCAGCCUGCCUUCUGAUGGAGAGGAGCACUUCACAAUGCUUCUCCGUGGCACAGAGGGCACCAUUCCUCACUUGGGAGUCACAGACACCACUGACUCUGUCUCAGCUUCGUCAGACACAUUGCAGACCCAAGACGCCACUGGAAGUAACCACGGACCAAUGAGCAGCACACAUAUAGGUAAAAGGACACCCAGCUACCAUACAGACAGCACAUAUAUUUCAUCAACCUUCGCCAAAGUGAAAGACAGGACAUUAUUGUCUAUUACAAAUAAUAGCACGUCUCCAGACACCAUUAAAACCUCAACCACCUACAACAGAACCUCUGGCUCUUUGGCUUUGGAACAGUCUUCUUCUUCUGCUGCUCUUCCCAAAGGAAACAACAUCUCAUCAAGCGAAGGGGAAUUUGUCCUUCCUUCCACUGAACCACUGGUUGUGAGUUCUUCUGAUUUACCAGCAUACACAUCUACAGUCAGUGUUCCCCCCAACACUUUGUUACUUCAAGCCUCUGAAUCUGUAUCCACUGAUGACUCCUUUUCAUCUUCAUCAUUGUCACCUUUGCCAUCCCCCUCAGUGUCACAGCCCAGUCAACCAUUUUCCUCAACCCUAUGGCCAACACUGCCUUCUUCUCCACUCUUGUUUUCCAUGGCUAAAUCCUCCAAGUCCACAUCUUCCUCACUGCCACCUUUAUCAACCUACUCGGCAGAAUCCACCCCACCCCCAACAAUAUUCCAACAGUCGUCUUUACCGCACUUGUCUUCUACCUCAGUCCUCCCCAGUGAUGAUCCUCAGGCAAGAGAGUCCUCUGUGACGUCACCUGAUACACUGACAGAUUUAUUCACUACUGUGGUUCACGGUAGCCCAUCAGUAGAUCAGAAGAAUCAGAGUGUUCCCUACCAGGAGGAAACCAGUACAGGGUCAAACUUACAACCUCCAAGUCUUCCACCAACAGAAUCAACCGAAGUGCUACAUAAUUCUACAGCCAAGGCCCCUUUACCUUCAGUCCCAACAGAGUCCUUCAGAGAGCCAACCCUCCUGGCCGCCACCACUAAUUCAGCCCAGCCAUCAGCAGUUAUGACAACCACAACUCAUGCAACUAUUCAGCCUUCAACAAUCUCAACUGAGCUCCCGCCUCCAAUGAGUGUUCUUACAACUGUGAAAGCAACAACCCAGAAAACCGUUCUGCCCGUUGGACCCAGGACCACGAUGUCUCAGAGAACCACUGAAGGUCCUGCCACCACUGAAGCCAGCAGAGUGGAGACAGAGGCCACCACCAAAUCGAUCCGCACCACUGGUAUAUUCACACCUGGGCAAGAACCGAGCUCAGGGGGAGGAGAUCAAGAAGAGAACGCUGCCACUGCCCAUUUGCCUGUGGUAUCAUCUGUUUCCCCCCAAACUACAGAGGCUUCUACUCCUGCGCCCUUGACUCUUAAGCCAGCCACUGUAGUCCCACUGAGCAGCAUGAGACCAACAAUGACAUCACCUUCAACAACAGUCAACAGAUGUGCUGCAAACCCUUGUCUUCAUGAUGGAAAGUGCGUUGUGGAUUCCACGGGUCGUGGAUAUCGGUGUAUCUGCACACCUUCGUGGCAAGGCGAUGAUUGCAGUGUGGAUGUGAACGAAUGUCUGUCGAAUCCCUGCCCACCUCUGGCCAUAUGCAACAACACCCAGGGAUCCUUUGUCUGCAGAUGUCCUGUUGGGCACCAAUUAGAAAAAGGAAUCUGUAACUUGGUUAGAACAUUUGUGACAGAAACUAAGUUAAGAAAAACUUUUGCUAAUGCUACUCUUGAAAAGCAUUCAGAACUGCUUCAAGUUGAAGAUGAGAUCAUCAAAAUGCUAAACAUAUCUCUUUCAACGUUACCUGGUUAUGCCAGAUCUACUGUCCAAGCUGUCAGGGAUUCUGGCACUGUGGUAGUCUCGCUGCAGACCACCUUCUCCUUGGCAUCCAAUGUGACGGUGUUUGAAUUGGCAGAGAGAGUACAGAAAUACGUUAGUACUUGCACAUCCCCGGUAGAAACCUGCCAAUUCUUGAAGUCUCUGGGAAGGCUCUUCAGAGCUGGUAGUUUAUGUAAAAAGAAAAGUCCAGAAUGUGACAAAGAGACCUCCAUCUGCACCGAUUUGGAAGGUGUUGCUCUGUGUCAGUGCAAGGCUGGCUACUUCCAGUUCAACAAGAUGGAUCAUUCCUGCCGAGCAUGUGAAGAUGGAUAUAGACUUGAAAAUGAAACCUGCAUGAGUUGCCCAUUUGGUCUUGGUGGACUCAACUGUGGAAACCCUUAUCAGCUUAUCACUGUGGUGAUUGCAGCUGCUGGAGGUGGGCUCCUUCUCAUCCUAGGAAUCGCACUGAUUGUUACCUGCUGCCGAAAGAAUAAAAACGACAUAAGCAAACUCAUCUUCAAAAGUGGUGAUUUUCAAAUGUCCCCAUACGCUGAGUACCCCAAGAACCCUCGAUCACAGGAAUGGGGCCGAGAGGCCAUUGAAAUGCACGAAAAUGGAAGUACUAAGAACCUCCUCCAGAUGACCGAUGUCUAUUACUCUCCCACAAAUGUCAGGAACCCAGAACUUGAACGAAAUGGCCUCUACCCUACCUACACUGGCUUGCCAGGAUCUCGGCAUUCUUGCAUCUUUCCCGGACAGUAUAACCCUUCUUUCAUCAGUGAUGAGAGCAGGAGAAGAGACUACUUUUAACAUCACAGGACAGUGUGCAGCCACUGUCAUUCUGUGUUAUUUACACAUGAAUUCUAUCUACUCAAGGAAUGGAACCAGGAAGACCCCUGGAACACUUGCUGUUUCACAGACCAUUCAAAGUUGAAGUUUCCAUGGCAGACAAAGGAUGGGACAGAAGAUUUAAAGAUGGCAAAGACUGAAAAGAAUUGCUCAGUUACAGGCUGCUCAUUCUUUACUCUUCAGUGUUCAUCUGUGUUACUGUGAAACAUGAUAAAGGCUCAGUAAGAACAGAUUUGAUUUGAGUGACAUGUCAUGGAUGCUACCACUAGGAAUGAGUAUAAAUGGUUCGGGGCCAUUUCAGAAACCCAGCUGCUGCUCAGUUUAGGCUUCAGUGAUUUGGCUUUGUUUGUUUGUUUGUUUGUUUUUUAUACACUUUGCCAAGCUCAACGUGAGACUGCUCCAGAACAGAAUCCUGGCUACUUUGGACAGUUUCAUUGGAUGUUGUCAUUAGACAGUCACCUUGCAGCAAAGCAUUGACUGUUUUGAACUUAUUUGUCUCCAUAAUUGCAGUCUUCCUCAGUGCCUACGUGCUGAACAGUGAGUGUGUACUGCACACUCAAUGAGUGUCCAGAGGCACUAGAGAAAUUUUGGUGUAAUGUAUAGUCUUCUAAUACGCUUCUAGAUCUUUUUCUGUAGUUUCGAGCCAAACAGAAAAUGAGUGGUGAGCCCAGGAUUUACUGUAUCACAGAAGGUGACAAGAAGUAAGGUUGUAAAGUGCCAUAAACUGUUAGAAGAAACAUAAGUUCUUUCCCAGUACGUAUUUUAUCAUGACGAUGUCCCUUUUCAAAAAAUUAUUCCCUCUUUAUUGAGUUUAAGAAUUUCUUUCAACAACCUGGGAUCAAAGCAAUAUCUUGUAGAGAUAGUAUUAGUCAUAAUGGCUUAUAGAAUCAGCUUUGAAGUCAAAGUAUCAGUUCAUCUGCCCUUCAUCCACAGUUGGGGCCAAUGGAUAUAAUUUGGAGCUGACAGUAACAUGGCUCCUUGGAAGAGGAGCACAUGGACCUAGAAACCUGUGGUAACCAUUUCCUGCCUGCUCCCAGUCUAUGAGAAUGGAAUGGUGCAAAACCAUCCGUUUUGUGCCAUUGGCUUUGCCCUAGGCUCAUGUUCAUGACAGAGAUCACCUUCACUGAGACAAGCUCUUGCUUAUGUAUUAUAAGGAAUUUUUAAAGGUGGGAGUGUAGUGUAGAGUGUGUGUGUGUGUGUGUGUGUGUGUGUGUGUGUGUGUGUGUGAGACAUUUGGGUUCGAACUGGGUAUUUCAUUGCUUUGGGGAAAGAAGCUGGAAACAACUGUCUCCUGUGAUUGGAUGUUGACAAUUGCUGGAGAAAUUGACUGAAUAAGUAACCUGGUUUCACUGAAAUGACCAUGCCAUUGGAAGCCAUACCAGCUCUUCAUAAAAAAAAUAAGAAGGUGCCAUAUGUAAGUUCUCCUUACAUAUCUGUGCUGACUGCAUCUGUAACCUUGUCCAUAGGGCUAUGUGUUAGAGAGUUGAUCAUUGAAAGCUGUUUCUUCAUUGAAGAAGUAACAUGUAAAUUAUUUUCUCUUGUCCAUCAGUCUACCCUUUUUUGUACUACUAUGUAGUUCCCUUGAAACUCAGAAAUAUUUCAGGAAUGUUAUCAGACAGCUAAGGAUUUCUGCACAAGUAAAGACUUCAAUGUCUGCCUUUUGGAAAGGAAUGUCCUAUAUAUCUAUUUAUUAUGCCCAUGAUUUAGGGCUUGCAUUGUCAACCUGAACAGCACUCAGCGUCUGGAACUAAUACCUGUGAAACUAUGUUGAGUCACUUCCCAAAUAACACCCUGGUGUCCAGAUAAGGUGAAGAAAGAACAGAUAGGAAAACUGUUGCCAACACAGAAAGCUGAGUCUUACUGACAGCAGACUUUUCUGGAAAUGGCUUAAACACUUUGGGAGCAGUUAUUUCUGCUCAGUGGAGGGAUGGUUAUUUCCGGAUUAUCACAGCUCUUCAAAAUGCAAUACAGUAGGACAAGCUACUUCAAACACUUUCACUGAAGCAUGACAUUAUUCUGAUAGCACUGUUUGGAUGAAUGCAUGUGUUUUUCCAUUGGUCCCCAGAGGCUCUCUCUCAUAAUUACAGUUCUGCUAUUGCAGAGAAUGCUAGUUGGGUGCAAUGCACCUUAGUUGUUAAAACAAAUUGGCUGUCACCUUACAGGAUGAAUUCAGGUGUCGCUGAUGGAUGCUAUGGUUUGUUUUUUUUUUAAAAGGAAUUAAAAACUUCCUUCUGAAUCAUGA